CAUAAGUCUGCGCCUCAACCGUGCACGUGUGGGAAAUUGGACCUUUAUAGACGGGCUGUAUUGAGAUCUGAGUUAAUACACACACAGUGUCCAAAAUGGGGAAGAAAUUAAAAGUCGGAAAGACUCGUAAAGACAAAUUUUAUCAUUUGGCAAAGGAAACAGGUUACAGAUCACGUUCAUCCUUUAAGCUGAUCCAGCUGAAUCGUAAGUUCCAGUUCCUGCAGAAGGCCCGAGCUCUUGUGGACCUGUGUGCUGCUCCAGGAGGAUGGUUACAAGUAGCAUCCAAAUUCAUGCCCGUGUCCAGUCUGAUCAUCGGAGUUGACCUGGUUCCCAUCAGACCCAUCCCCAACGUAGUCACCCUGCAGGAGGACAUCACUACAGAGAAGUGCAGACAGGCUCUCCGGAAAGAGCUGCAGACGUGGAAAGUGGAUGUGGUGCUGAACGACGGUGCCCCGAACGUCGGAGCCAACUGGCAGCACGACGCCUUCUCGCAGGCACAUUUGACCCUGAUGGCUCUAAAGCUCGCCUGCGAGUUUCUCAACAAAGGGGGAACUUUCAUCUCCAAAGUCUUUCGCUCCAAAGACUACCAGCCGCUCAUGUGGAUCUUCCAGCAGUUCUUUAGGAAAGUGCAGGCGACCAAACCGCAGGCGUCCCGUAACGAGUCUGCUGAGAUCUUUGUCGUCUGUCAAGGUUAUCUUGCCCCUGACAAAAUCGACAACAAAUUUUUCGACCCAAAGCACGCGUUCAAAGAGGUGGAGGUCCAAGUAAAGACCGUGAAGGAGCUGACCACGUCGAAGAGGCCUAAAGCAGAAGGCUACGAUGAAGGAGACCUCACCCAGUAUCACACGUUCACAGCUACCGCAUUUUUACGAGCUGAGAACCCUGUGGACUUCCUGAGCAAAGCCAAUGAGAUCACGUUUGAUAACUCUGAGCUGGAGUUUCACACUGGCACAUCUCCUGAAAUUAAAGAAUGCUGUAAAGAUAUCAAGGUUCUUGGAAGAAAAGAGCUGCGUCUCUUGCUGUCCUGGAGAUCCAAGCUGAGGAAGUUUUUAGCCCGAAAGCUUAAAGAAGAAGCAAAGCAUUUGGACCAGGAGAUCAGUCUGAGCUCCAGUGAGGAUGAAAGCGAUGUGGAGAAACCUAAGAAGAAGGAGGAAGAAGAGGAGGCUGAAGAUGAGGAGGAGGAGCUGGAGAAGCAGCUGACUGAGCUGAAAGCUAAAGAGAUUGCGGAGCUGAAACGAAAAAAGAAGAAGCUCCUGAAAGAGCGGCGGAGGCAAAGGGAGCGAGUGGAACUGAAGAUGGACCUUCCCGGAGUUUCCAUCGCCGAUGCUGGAGACUCCAGCAUGUUCUCCCUCAACACCAUCAACAAAGCCAAGGACUUAUCUGAGCUCACGCUGGGUGAUAUGACAGGAGCAGACGCUUUAAUAGACGAGGCUGGAGAGGAGGACGUGUACAUUUCCGAAUCAGAGAGCGAUCUCGUCUCGCUGGCCUCAGACUUGGAUGAGGAAGACCUGGCUGAGAUCGAGGAGAAGGAGAAUCAGUUAAGGAAGAAGCUUCCCAAGAAAAAGGUUUCCUUUACUGCUGUGAAGGAGGAUGAGGAUGAAGAGGAGCAGGGAAACGAACUGCUGGUGGAUUUAGAGGGAAAGAAUGAAAAGCAAGACCGACAGACCAGCAUGUGGUUCAGCAAGGACAUCUUCUCAGAGCUGGACAUCGAGGGAGAAGAAGACGCACUGAGGGAACUCAAACAGACCCAGUUCCUGCAUAGUAAACAGGCUGCAGGAAAGGGCAAAAAGAGGAAGGCUGAAGAGGAGGCAGAUUCCACUCAGAAAGAGGAUGAUGAAGAGGAGGAGAAGGACGAGGCAGCCACAGCUUCUCAGGAAGCUAAAGAGGCAGCAGGUGAUGAGGAGGACAGCGAUGACGACUCGGAUGGAGACAGCAGCGAUGAUGAAGAAGAAAUUGCGAGGAUGAAGAGCACACCAGGAUCUGGGGAAAUGCACGGAGACGAAGAUGACGAUUUCCAAGUAGUUCCUGUAGAGAGCACAAGUAAGCGUGCUCGCAUUCUAGAUGCUGAAGGUCUCGCUCUCGGUGCUCACAUCGCCACGUCCAAGAAGAGACGCAGGGACGUGAUAGACGAAUCCUUCCACAGGUUCUCCAGUUCGCAGGACGGUAGCGAGAUUCCCGUGUGGUUCUUGAACGACGAAAGGAAGCACAGGAAGAAACCCCUCCCCGUGACACGUGAGAUGGUGGAGGAGUACAAGCAGAAGUGGAAAGAGAUCAACGCACGUCCAAUUAAGAGACUGGCAGAAGCCAAAGCUCGCAAGAAGAGAAGGACGCUGAAGAAGAUGGAACAGGCCAAGAAGAAGGCUGAAGCGGUGGUCAAUACAGUGGACAUCUCUGAGAGGGAGAAGAUGGCACAACUCAGAAGCAUCUACAAGAAGGCUGGCGUGGGUAAGGAGAAGAGAGAAGUGACGUACGUCGUGGCCAAAAAGGGCGCCGGGCGUAAAAUCCGCCGUCCCCCUGGUGUGAAGGGCGUCUUCCGUGUUGUGGAUGGACGAAUGAAGAAGGACAUCCGGGGCAAGCAGAAAAAAGAUCAGCGGGACACGGGGAAAGGGGGCAGGAAAGCAGGGAAGGGUGGAAGAGGUGCAAAGGCGGGUAAGGGGCGUCCAAACAGGAAGGGAGGGAAUGAAAGACGUGCCUGAACUUCACAUCAUACGCAGCUGAGACUGCUCUUUAACAGCUGAACUGGGCUAAAACCAGGCUACUUGGACUCUGUGGUACAGGUUAAUGCCACACAGGCCUGGAAUUAUGAGAUACGUGGUGGUCAUCACGAAAGAUGAUUUCGUGUUGAACUGUGGUCAGUUUUUUUUUUUUUUGUUUCCUGCUAUAAUGUUUGUCUUUAAUUUGGCUGAAUUAUGCAUUUCCCAUUAUGCAUUUCUGCUUGAACACACCUGAUGAUUUUGUUAAUUUUUAAUCUGUAACAAGAACAGGGCUGUUUAGGUUUUAUUUUUUAAAUCUUAAUAGAUUGGUUGUUAUAUUCGAACUCCAGAAUGCAUAAUAUUCGCAGAGGUGCCAAUAUUUACGGUAUAUAUCGUAGCAUUGAUGAUUUAUCUUUUUUUUGUCGGGUAAAACACAAUCAUGGCAGGAAACCCUAAAACUGAUUCAUUGGAUUUAAAAAUCCAGUCACAUUGGUCAUAAUUACUAGUUUGUUUCUUUCACCUGAUGCCUCGAGGCCUCCUGAUUGGAGGAAUUUUGACUGUUGUAUGAUAUUUUGUCAUUUGAGCUGUAUAUUCAGUUUCAUGGUGAUAUUUUCAUUGAAAAUAUAAACUAUAGUAUUGUCAUUUUUAUACCAGAGUGCUAUUAAAUUCUCAAAUCUGGUUGAAA